AUGGUUGUAGGCAUUCUUGCGACUCUGGCCGCGCUGGCCACAUUGGCAGCUGGCGUUCCCCUCGAGGAACGACAGUCUUGCUCAAGUGUUUGGGGUCAAUGUGGUGGCCAAAACUGGGCUGGACCGUUCUGCUGUGCCUCCGGAAGCACUUGCGUGUUUUCCAAUGACUAUUACUCCCAGUGUAUUCCUGGCGCGGCAAGCUCAAGUUCUUCCACUCGCGCUUCGUCGACAACUUCUCGGGCGUCAGCAACGUCGACUAGGUCGAGUUCUUCAACACCCCCUCCUGCUUCUUCGACUGCACCACCGCCGCCAGUGGGAUCGGGAACGGCAACAUACCAGGGUAACCCCUUUUCUGGAGUCACGCCUUGGGCCAAUUCCUUUUAUGCCUCUGAAGUCAGCACUUUGGCAAUUCCAAGUUUGACAGGAGCUAUGGCUACCGCUGCGGCCGCUGUGGCAAAGGUGCCAUCUUUCAUGUGGCUAGACACUCUGGACAAGACUUCUUUGAUGAGCUCGACGUUGUCGGAUAUCCGUGCAGCAAACAAGGCUGGAGGCAACUACGCUGGACAAUUUGUUGUCUACGACCUGCCUGAUCGUGACUGUGCUGCCGCUGCUUCUAAUGGUGAAUAUUCCAUCGCUGAUGGUGGCGUGGCCAAAUACAAGAACUACAUCGAUACCAUUCGCGGAAUCGUCACCACCUUUUCCGACAUUCGUAUCCUUUUGGUUGUCGAGCCCGACUCUCUUGCCAACCUGGUUACUAACCUCGCCACUCCGAAGUGUUCAAACGCCCAAGCCGCAUACCUGGAAUGUAUUAAUUACGCCAUCACGCAGCUGAACCUUCCAAACGUUGCGAUGUACUUGGACGCGGGCCACGCUGGAUGGCUUGGCUGGCCAGCAAAUCAAGACCCAGCCGCCCAGUUGUUCGCAAAUGUUUACAAGAAUGCAUCAUCUCCCCGAGCCGUCCGUGGACUGGCCACUAACGUGGCUAACUACAAUGCGUGGAACAUUUCUACUGCCCCUUCAUACACUCAAGGAAACGCUGUUUACAAUGAGAAGCUGUAUAUUCACGCCAUCGGACCCCUUCUUGCCAACCACGGCUGGUCAAACGCUUUCUUCAUCACUGACCAAGGUCGAUCUGGUAAGCAGCCGACCGGGCAGCUCGAGUGGGGUAACUGGUGCAACGCUGUUGGCACUGGAUUUGGUAUCCGUCCUUCUACCAAUACUGGAGACUCGCUGUUGGAUUCCUUCGUUUGGAUCAAACCAGGUGGCGAGUGCGAUGGCACUAGCAAUAGCAGUGCACCACGAUUUGAUUAUCACUGCGCUUCUGCAGACGCUUUGCAGCCAGCACCUCAAGCCGGUUCUUGGUUCCAGGCUUAUUUCGUGCAGCUUCUCACGAACGCGAACCCGUCAUUCCUGCUUUCCGAAUGCGGCGAGAGAUUUCUUCUCAAGGUGGAGCCCAAUUGGCGAGGUGUUGUAUCGCAUCAAGUGGAAGAAUCUGUUACGCAUCUGAUGCGCAUUUUGCGCGCCCAUUUCCAGUGUGAUUUUGCCGGUAUGGAUUUGCCCAAGAAUAUUAUCGAUAGCAUCUCCAACGGCCUGAUGGUACUCUUUGCGAACACGGUUGUCAUGGAUGAUCCAUUGGCUAAGAACGAUGAAGAUUCCUUCACAAAGGUUGAAGCCAGUGACUGA